CCAAUAAAAUAAUACCAAAAGUCGAAUUAUCUAUUCAUCCGAGACAUAUGUAUAUGAGUAAACUUAUUGACAUAAAGAUAAGCGAAACUUUAAAUCCAAGUGGACAGAACAUGUCUACACAAG